AUGAUGAAAGAUAAAUAUGAAAAACAAGGGGAUGCUAUAUUUGCAAAAUUAGAAAAAGUGAACUCCGAAUUGCUGUCCCUCACAUAUGGAGCUUUGGUGAGUCAGUUGCUCAAGGACUUUGAGAUUGUUGAUGAAGUUAAUGACCAAUUAAGUAAAAUGGGGCAUAACAUUGGGGUAAGGUUGAUCGAAGAAUUUCUCGCAAAAUCCGAGAUCUCUUUUUGUGAAGAUUUCGAAGAAACAAUGGAAGUUAUAGCAAAGGUGGCAUUUAAAAUGUUCCUAGGAAUAACCGGGACAGUUACUUGUGUAAAUAAAGACUCGAAUAUAUAUUCCAUUAUUUUUCAUGAAAACCCUUUAUGUGACUUUGUUGAGUUACCAAAAUCAUUAUCCUCUUUAAAUUAUUGUAAUUUAUUUUGUGGAGUAAUCAAAGGAGCUUUAGAACAAGUUCGAAUACGAGUAACAUGCUACUUUGUCAAAGACAUGCUCAAAGGCGAUGACUACUAUGAAAUGUAUAUCCAAUUACAAGAGAUUAUGAAAGAAGAAAUUUUAAAUGACGAAGAGUCUUAA